AAGGGGUAAAUUUAAAAAGAAAGGCUAGUCACAAUUCACCCUAAAAAAUUUCGAAUUUGUCAGCACGUUAUAAGCUUAAAUUCUUUUAAACUACUGCAGUCGCAACAAGUCCAGAUCACCAUAUGUUUGAUUCGGUAACUUUAUAGCUAGUCUCAUUUUGCGUUAUCUGCGUGCUCAGCAGUGAAUAGAUCAAAAAAUGUUUGCGUUGAAUUUUUUACGCGUGUCAUGCAAGUACACACGCCUUGCUUGUACACAGAAAUUUAAUGGUUGCCUAACCCAAAGCGAAAGGCAAUUGUAUGAGUCAAAGUGUUGUAUGAUAAAAUGUCCAACUUUUCAACUCCGAAAGAAAAGUGAGCAGAAGAGGCGACAAAAAGCCGAGGAAAAGGCCAAAGAAAAGGCCAAAAAGGCUGAAAGUGCAGCACCACAAGAAGAGGGAGCCAAGAAGAAAAGUGCAGUGAAAGAAGAAGAAAUCAGCCCCAAUGAAUAUUUCAAGCUUAGAAGUUUAGCUGUCCAGCAGUUGAAGACAACCAGCACACCACCCUACCCACACAAGUUCCAUGUCGACACUUCUCUGCAAGAGUUCAUUGACAAGUUUACUUACCUUGUUAAAGAACAAUCUUUGCUCGACCAAAAUCUGAGUGUCGCAGGUCGCGUCCAUGCAAUUCGAGAAUCUGGGCCUAAACUUGUGUUCUAUGUCCUUCAGAGUGAGGGAGUACAUCUUCAAAUCAUGGCCAAUUUGCAGUCUUACGAGUCCGCAGACUUAUUCUACGACGACUUGGCUAAAAUUAAGAGAGGAGAUAUUAUCGGCGUGAAGGGUUAUCCUACCCGAACUAAAACUGGGGAACUCUCGAUCGUUCCACGCAAAUUGGAGCUUCUCUCCCCGUGUCUUCACGCUAUGCCCCAUUUCUAUGGCUUGAAGGAUAAGGAAACCCGCUUCCGGCAACGCUACUUGGACCUUAUUGUCAAUUCGGACGUGAGAAAGAAGUUUUACGUUCGCUCUCAGAUCAUCUCUUACGUCCGCAGAUUUCUCGACAACAUGGGAUUCCUCGAGGUCGAAACGCCCAUGAUGAACAUGAUUGCCGGAGGUGCUGCCGCUAAGCCCUUUGUCACGCACCACAACGAUCUGAACAUGCAGUUGUUCAUGAGAAUCGCUCCCGAAUUGUAUCUCAAGAUGCUUGUGGUUGGCGGCAUCGAUCGAGUCUACGAAAUUGGACGACAGUUCCGUAACGAAGGCAUCGAUUUGACGCACAACCCGGAAUUCACAACAUGCGAGUUCUAUAUGGCAUAUGCCGAUUACAACGAUCUGAUGGAUGUCACGGAAGCCAUGAUUGCCGGUAUGGUGAAGGAAAUCCACGGCACCUACAAAAUCCCAUACCACCCAGAUGGUCCAACUGGCCCUGCAUUUGAAAUUGAUUUCACUCCGCCUUUCAGACGCCUUCGAAUGUUCCCCGAUUUGGAGAAGGCCACGGGAGCCAAAUUGCCGCACCCGACUAAGUUAGACCUGCCGGAAUCGAGGAAGCAAUUAGACGAUUUGUGUGUCAAGCACCAAGUCGAUUGCAGUGCACCUAGAACCGCCUCCCGAUUGCUGGACAAAUUGGUUGGCCACUUUUUGGAGGAGCAGUGUGUCAAUCCCACAUUUAUCUGCGAUCACCCUCAAGUGAUGUCGCCCUUAGCUAAAGGCCAUCGCUCGGAGCCGGGACUGACGGAACGGUUCGAGCUCUUUGUGAUGAAGAAAGAAGUUUGCAAUUCCUACACCGAGUUGAAUGAUCCCUUCAUCCAACGAGAGCGAUUUGAGCAGCAAGCCCAAGACAAAGAAGCCGGCGAUGACGAAGCCCAAAUGAUUGACGAAACGUUCUGUACUUCCCUCGAAUACGGACUGCCGCCUACCGGUGGUUGGGGAAUGGGAAUUGAUCGGAUGGCUAUGUUCCUAACGAACUCAAACAACAUAAAGGAAGUCCUUCUUUUCCCCGCCAUGAAGCCGGACGAUCCCAACAAGCCCAAAGAGGAGGUUGCCGAAGCGCCAGCAGAAUGACCUCUUUUAGGUUUAGAAAUGUGAACCCUGCCAUGUCCGGUUGAAGUUAAAAAAAAAAAUACACACGGCUGCUGGUUCAUAAAGGAAA